AUGUACAAAGAGGGGCCGAAUAAGCCAACAUGUGUUGUGGAGAGCUUAGCGAGUAGUGUUAGUUGGAGGCAUAAUUGGGUCUUACUGUUGCAGCUCUUGCCAACCAUGGGACAUAAUGCUGAUUUUAAAGCUCUAGUUAAAAGCAACCCAGAGAAUUGGUUAUGCUGCAAUAAGUGUAAAUGGCUUUGGGAACUCAACUUUUAG